UAGGUCACAUCAUAUAUAUAUAAUAAAUAGUCUUCCCAUUAUCUGAUUUAUCAUCCAUUUCCUUUGUUCAAUUUUUCCCAGAUAAGUUUUUCUUUGCCUUACGGAACUGUUGAAAUCUUCGAAUUUGGAAAAAGGAUAUUGGGGUUUCGGUUCUUGAUUUUGGAUCUUCUUCAACCAUGUCCAUGCUCGAUUCUUUCUUCAACAAGGGCUUCAAAGCUGCAAAAUGCAAAACCCUCCUGAAAUUGACAAUUCCACGUAUAAAGUUGCUGAGAAACAGAAGGGAGAUGCAGCUAAAGCAGAUGCGCCGAGACAUUGCCAAGCUUCUUGAGACUGGUCAAGAAGCUACUGCUAGAAUUAGGGUAGAGCAUAUAAUCAGGGAAGAGAAUAUGAUGGCAGCUCAGGAGAUUCUUGAGCUCUUCUGUGAGCUUAUUUCUGUCCGGCUUCCCAUUAUCGAGUCACAAAGGGAAUGUCCUUUAGACUUGAAAGAAGCCAUCUCUAGUGUGAUUUUUGCUGCACCAAGAUGUGCUGAUCUACCAGAGUUGCUUCAAGUUCAAAUAGCAUUUGCAUCAAAAUAUGGGAGGGAGUUUGUGGCAGCUGCAACUGAGCUUAUGCCAGAUUGUGGUGUUAACCGCCAGUUAAUAGAACUGCUCUCAGUUCGUGCUCCUUCACCAGAUAAAAAAUUGAAGCUUCUGAAAGAUAUUGCGGAAGAGCAUGAAGUAGAUUGGGAUCCUGCUGCCUCCGAAACUGAGUUUUUCAAAUCACAUGAAGAUUUAUUGAAUGGCCCAGCACAGUUUGUCAGUGGGUCUAAAGUUCCCCUUCCGAAGGAAAAACAUGAUGAGGUAUCACAGACUGCUAAUCAAGCCCACCAAGAGGAGCAUGAUUCUGAUACUGACUUGGACUCAUUAGAUUUUCCUGAAGUUCCCAAGGCAUUAGUGCGGCCAGGCGAGAACAAUUCAUCAGCCCCACCAGUAGUCCCGCCUUCAUCAAACGUGCCACGCCCUGGAAACGAUCAUGACUUGUUACAAAAUUCUGGAUCUUUUGGAGAGUCAUCUGAUGAGGCACAUUUUGAGCCUGAUAAAGUGUUGGAUGAAAGUGUGAUGUUUAACAAAGAUGAAAAACCUCACGCUUCGGUUGGUGGUUUGGAAGAUAAACAAUUUUUGCCAUUCAUGUCUGCCCCAUCGCUAUCUUCUGCAUCAUUCUCUGCGAGACAAAGUAAUAGUACACCACCACCCCUUCUUUCAAGGACGAAAAGCGCAACCAAUGUGGAUCUGCAAGAUGUACUAGCUGCUGCUCAAGCUGCUGCUGAUUCUGCUGAACGUGCAGCAGCAGCAGCCCGCUCAGCUGCUAGUCUUGCACAAGUCAGAAUUAGCGAGCUCACCAAGAAAAACAAUGAGCGAGGAACUGAAAAUAGCAGCGAGAACCCCUUCCAUACAUCCAGUCCAAACCAGUCAGUUACAGAAGAGAGACCUCAUUUUGAUCGCAAUAACUCUAUAGGUGACUCUAAAGGCAUUACAAGCCCACCAGACUAUAAUCAAGUUCAUCAAAGUGUUCAUCGCUCGGAUUCAUCAAAUCUCCCCUCACUUGACUCUCUUAAAGCAGAAUUCGACGCUUCUCUUCCUCUUCCUGGAUCAGACCCUUCCAAUCACCAACCUCAGAGACUUCCUUCAAUGGACGAUGAGCCCUACUUCUCAUAUCCAAACUUGUUUAAUUCACAAAACUCAAAUGUCGGAUCCCAUUCUCAGUCACUUACAGAUAAUUCUCGGUCCUCGGAUGAGCGCUGAGUUUUGAUUUCUGUCACGGGUCCAUUGUGCCAAAUGGAUAUUAUAUGAUCAUAGAACUUAUGUUGAUUAUAUUUUUCAUUUCUGUAUAAAGUGCAGUUUUGUGCCGAGUGUAAUUAGUGGCUGUCUUUGAUUUCUGUGGCCAGUGCCGUAGCUGGUGGACUCAUACUUCUAUUUAGUGAAACACUUGCUGGUUUCUAUUC